AUGUCCUUGUUCUUCUCCCCUCCUUCUUCGUCCUUUUUGAUCACUGCACGCCGUCGCCUAUCUCUGUCAAAACUGACGCCGUCUUCUGUCCAAGGUCACCUCCGCCAUGGACGCCGGCUGCGCGAGUUCGUUUAUCCCCUGGUCAUCUUUGUCUUCGCCAAGGUCCUCGCGCCAGGAGCUUCUUCAAGGUCGACUUCAUCUUCUGCCUGCCUCAACGAGCACAUCCACAAGCCUUGGCCUCUCUUUUCCCUCCCCGGCGCCGCCACUCUCCCCUUUCCCUUCUCUGUUUUCGUUAUCCCGGAAGAACGACCAAGAACGCCGCCUCGGGUCGCCGACGCCCCGCCGCCACGAACCAUACCGCGCCUUGCCGAAACCACCAGGAGCUCCGCCUUGUCUCCAGGAUCGUCCUCGUCCAAGGAAUCAAGCCGGGAAGCCCCUAAUCGACGCCAACGACCCCAUGUUCUUCUCCGACCCCAACGGAAAAUCGUUGAUUUCGCCGCCGUCGCGCCUCCUCCAGUCUUCCCGACGUGUUCAAUAGUUCCUGGUGAUGUCCUUGUUCUUCUCCCCUCCUUCUUCGUCCUUUUUGAUCACUGCACGCCGUCGCCUAUCUCUGUCAAAACUGACGCCGUCUUCUGUCCAAGGUCACCUCCGCCAUGGACGCCGGCUGCGCGAGUUCGUUUAUCCCCUGGUCAUCUUUGUCUUCGCCAAGGUCCUCGCGCCAGGAGCUUCUUCAAGGUCGACUUCAUCUUCUGCCUGCCUCAACGAGCACAUCCACAAGCCUUGGUUAACGUCUCCGCGUCGCACACCAGCAUCUCGCACAGGCGUGUGUCUGCUUGUCCGGCAUUGAACCAGCGAUCCCAGCGCUCAACUCGAUCUCCUAGUUCCGUGCAGCAGCACAGCAGCAGCAGCAUUUGCUUCUUCCCGGAUAGGAUCACGAAGUGGUGCGCUUCUUUCCGUCUCCAAAUCGAACACAUCUCUUUUGAGAUAUUUCUACUCGAGCGCCGGCCGGACGUGCAGAUCGUCAUGCUGUUAGCCUGCUACACGCGGUCGAUUUUUCACACCCGCGGCUAUCGCCUGGUCCCGAUGGAUGAUGAAAUUGAGCGCGUUGGCGCGGGUGUCGAGGAAAGAUCUGGCCAUGACCCACGAGUCGCGCUUGACCCGCUCGCUGUGCGCUCGCUUGCGUGA